AUGUUUGUCAAAGCACUUCCUCCAUCUGUUGGUAAUGAGGGCCUUCGAUCCGUGAUUUGGCCCGGUGGGUUUGUCACGGUUCCUCGCGGUUGGGUAAUACCAACUAAGCUGAAGAUCGCAGUUCCUCGAAAAGCCGGAUGGAAAGAAUUUGCGAGUGUCUCGUUUGACCAAGAAAGUAAUAAAACUAGAGUCACCGGAUUCUCCAUUGAUGUAUUUCAGGCCGUUGUGCGAAAGCUUGACCACGAUCUGCUGUGUGAUUUCUUUCCUUACCCUGAGCAACACAAUUAUUCGGAUGAUUAUUCUUAUGAUGAUCUCAUCGAGCAAGUGCAACUCAAGAAAUACGACGCAAUUGCAGGUGAUGUUACAAUUACAGCAAAACGCAGCAAAAUUGUGGAUUUCACUCAGCCGUACACGGAGACAGGUUUAGUAAUGGUUGCUCCCACAGCCGUAUUGGAGGAAGCCAACAGCGCUUGGACAUUCUUACAUCCAUUUACUCCAGCACUAUGGGCUACAACGGCGGGAUUUCUUGUGUAUACGGGACUAGUGGUGUGGCUCCUCGAGCAUAAAAUUAAUCCUGCUUUCAGAGGAAGUCCCGCUACCCAAGUGGUUACUCUGCUUUGGUUUGCGUUUUCUGCUGUGUUUUACGCUCACCAAGAGAGAGUACGUAACAGUCUGACUCAAUUAGUUGUUGUAGUGUGGCUGUUUGUAGUCUUCGUUUUAACGUCCAGCUACACAGCUAAUUUCGCUUCCAGACUGACUGCCCAGCAAAUUACGCCACACAUAAAUAGUGGUGACUAUAAAGUGGGUUAUCGCAGUUCAUAUGUUGGUACAAUUCUAAAUCACGAUUCGGGACUGGCCAAAAUAAAUACUAAACCAUUUUCAUCGCGAAAGGCGUACGAGGAGGCUCUGACGAAAGGUGCAAAGAAUGGAGGCGUGGAUGCCAUUUUAGUUGAGAUCCCAUUUGUUCGUGCUUUCCUUUCUGGCCAAUGCGGCUAUUCAAUGGUGGGGACCACUUAUCAAAGUGGUGGCUAUGGUUUUGUUUUCCCUAAAGGUUCUCUACUAGUGCAAGAUUUUUCUGAAGGGAUUUUAAAUCUUUCUGAGAGCGAUGAGCUUCGAAAGAUUAGAGCCAAGUAUUUUAAUGAUACUAUUAAUGAGUGCUUCAACUCUUCAGGAAAUUUAAAAAGGCUAGAUGUGGUAUCCUUGUUAGGAUUAUAUCUCAUUACAGGAACAGUAUCAUCUUUAGCUUUAAUCGUAUACUUUUUUGGAGCCCUCCGCAAUUUCAUGAAUGAUCUUAACUCUUCACAGCUGAAAAUUAGCAGAUGGAAAAGUAUCAAAUCUUUUGCACAAUAUUUAUAUCGAGAAGACCUUUCAUCCCAGCUUUAUGAGCUGGAAAUGUCAGCAGAGAAAAGCAAUCCUCCUAAGAUGAAGAAGACCUCCGGUGAACACCUUGAAUUAGAUUUUAGUGUUGGGGGCAAUACAGACCACAAUGUAGUCAUUCCAACAUCCUCCUCUGUAAAUCUGGAGACUCGGAAUGAGGCACCGUCCAAUCAAAUUCAUCAAUAA